GUGCGGAACGGAAGAGGAGGAGGGGGGCGGCAUGGCGGUGCGGUUGCAUCUGGCGCUCUGCCGGCUGAAGAAGCUGCAGGUGGAGCUGCAGCAUUACUUCGUGCGGCCCCCCAACCAGUACCAGGCCGUUCUGCACGAGGCAGGGCUGGGCAUAGAGCAGCGCUUCAAGGGCCACAGCACCUCCUCCUCUGCGCGCUCAAAGGGGUUCAUUCGCGAUGCCAUCCUCGGCAAGCGCUCCGACUCCUCCGCUCGAGCCGUCAUCGCUCCCGACCCCUCCCUGGCUCUGCAUGAAAUCGGUGUCCCUGACUCCAUCGCUGCUGGUCUCUUCGUCCAGCCCGUGUCUCAUCUUGCCUCGACUUCCUGCAAGCCUGAGCCUGUGUCUCAUCUCAACCUCGACUUCCUGCAAGCCUGUGUGGACGCAGGGCCAUGCCCGCUGCCCCUCCCACCGCCUCUGGACACCGGAGGAGAAGGGGACGCCUGUGGUGGUGGCAGCGGUGGUGCUGGUGGUGGUUGGGCUUCUGGUGCGGGUGGGGAUGGAGGGGGUGCAUGGGGCACGGAUGCUCCUGCUGGUGGGAGGAGUGGUGAUGCUCCUGCUGCUGAAAGGGGUGGUGCUGGUGGGAGUGGGUGGGGGGCCGAUGCUUCUGCUGCUGGGGGCGAAAGGGGUGCAUGGGGCACGGAUGCUCCUGCUGAUGCUGCUGCUGCUGCUGCGGGUGGUGGGGGUGGUUGGGGGGCUGAUGCGUCUGCUGGUGGGGGUGAAGGGGGUGCAUGGGGUUUGGAGGCUGCUGCUGCUGCUGCUGCUGCUGCUGGGGGAAAUGGUGAUGCUGGUGCUGCAGAUGAUACUGGUGGGGAUGGAUGGGGUGAUGAUGUUGGUGCUGCUGCCAAGGAGAAAGAGGGGGAGAAGAAAGAGGAGAAAGAGGAGGAAAAGAGCUGGGGAAAGAAUGGGGGUGAUAAUGGUGGUGGUGGUUGGGGUGGUGCUGCUGCCCCUGCUGCUGCUGGUGCUUCGGGCUGGGGGAACAAUGUUGCCGGUGCUGGUGGUGAUGCUGGUGGAUGGGGAGGGAACAACAGUACUGCUCCUGGUUCUGCUGCUGCCGGUGCCAGUAGUGGUGGCUGGGGCACAGGAGGUGGGGCUUGGGGCACAGCACCUGCUGCUGCCACUUCUGCAGGUGGUAAUGGUGCUGGUGGAUGGGGUGGUGAUGCUACUGCUGGUGCUGCCAGUGCCAGUGGUGAUGGCUGGGGCACGGGUGGUGGGGCUUGGGGCACUGCACCUGCUGCUGCCAUUGCUGCAGGAGGUAAUACCUGGGGAGCCACAGCGCCCGGUGAUGCAGUCUUUCCUCCUGCACCGUCCCCUUCGCCCGAUCGCCGCCCUCCCCGCCCACCCAACCACGUCCUGCCACCUGUCGGUGCGUUCAGCGUGCUCAUUGGCUCCGAGCCUCCUGGAGGAAUCACAGGAGGAGCAUCAGCCAAUGGCGGCACGCCAGAGUGGACCAAGGUGACUCUGAGCCGAUGGGUGGAUCGAGGCUUGAGCCUGCAGGUGGGAACUGGGCCAGUCUCAGGUGCACCUGGAUCAGGUCUACCUACCCCAGGCGCACCUUCUGCAUCAGAGCGGGCAUCUGCUGCCCUUGCAGCGUAUGUGAGGUCUUCCCUGCUUGCGGGCAUUGCACCCACUGUCACUGCUGCUGGUGCUGGUGCUGGUGCUGCUGGUGAUGGUGGUGAUGGUUUUGGUGGUGGUGGUGGGGACGGUGGCGGGGGGAGGAUGGUGGGGAUGACGGUGCUGCGCCACGUGGCGGAUGGCGAUUGGCUGCUGCUCAACCGCACGCCCUCGCUGCACAAGCAGAACCUCAUGGCGUUUCGCGUGCGCCGCGUGCCGGCUGCUGUGUCUGCCAACGCGCUCCUGCUCAAUCCCCAGGAGUGUGCAGCCAUAGCAGGUGAUUUUGGCGGGAAUGAAGUGAACGUGUUCACGGUGUGUGCAGCAAUAGCAGGCGACUUCGACGGAGACGAGGUGAACGUGUUCACGGUGCAGCAGAGCGCCGUGGCAGCAGAGGCAGCAGAGCUCAUGCCCGUCGACAAGCAGCUCUUCCCCUCCCUCCCCCUUCCGCCACUCGCCCCUCCACCACUCCCUCCUCCUCCUCCUCCUCCUCCCCCCACUGAACCUUUGUGUCCUCCCUCGCCUGGUCCCUCUACGUCUCGUCCCACUACCACCACAGCACCAGCAGCUGCUGCUACCUCCUCUCGUUCCUCCGCCCGCUGCUCUUGUCACUCCUCCUCCCGCUCAUCCUCCUCCACCUUCUCCUCUUCUCCUCACCCGCACGCCCCACACCACGACCCAGCAGUCAUGUCCCUCCAGCAGGACGCGUUGCUGGGUCUGCACCUCCUCGCCUCCCCUCCCCCUUCCUCCCCCUCGCUCUUCCUCUCCCGCCCAGACGCCACCCAGCUUGCCCUGCACGCGUGGGAGGGAAUGGGGCUGCUGAAGCUCUUUGCUCCAAAACAGUCACUUAACAAAGGCCCUGCCAACUCUAUCCAUUCCCCUACUCAUGCCCCUGCUGGUGCCCCUUCUCCUGCUCAUGCCCCUGUUGACCCCCCGGCUGAUUCCUCUUCUCCUGCUCAUGCCCCUUCCCAAGGCUUGGGGCUAGGCUUAGCCCGAGGCUCCCUCCUGACGGGGCUUUUGGCUCGAGAGCUAUUCCGGGCCGCAGCUUCGGCCAGGCCUGCGUUGGUUGCCGAGGCUACGAGCGUGGCUCGGCCGGGUGAGCUUUCCAGAAAGCUGAGGGAAACGCUUAGGGAUAUCGUGGUGGGAUAUGAUGGGUCUGCGAGGAUUGGAGGAGGAGUGGGAGGAAGAGGGGGGGGAGGGAAGGGAGGUAUGGUGGUGCAACUGUCAUAUGGACGGUUGGGGGUGGAGGAAGGGGGAGAGGGCGGGGAAGGGGGCGAGGAGAGGGAGGAGGAAAGGCGGGGAGGUAAAUCUGGGAAAGGAAAGAGUGGGAGCGGCAAGGGAAAGGGGAAGGGCAAGGUGGGCGAGAAGGGCAAGGAGAAGGGAAAGGAGAAUGUGGAAGGGAAGAAGCGGGGUGGGAGGAGUGAGGUGGUGGAGCAAGGGGGUGCAUGGGCGGAAGCAGGGGAUGCAGUGGGGAUGGCAGCGGCGCAAGCAGUGUCGGCACCGGCCACACAGAUGGUGCUCAACGUGGGCCAUGACGGCGUGCAUGGUGGCGCCUCGUCCCUCAUUGCACGGCUAGAGAUGGUGCUGAACGUGGGGCAUGACGGCGUACAUGGUGGCGCCUCGUCCCUCAUUGCACGGCUAGAGAUGGUGCUGAACGUGGGGCAUGACGGCGUGCACGGUGGCGCCUUCUCCCUCACUGCGCGGCUAGAGUCUAUCCAUUCGUAUCUUCCUUCUUGUUCUUUCCCCUAUCCCAACCUACUUGUCACACUCUCCCUCCAGCGCCUUCUCUACGCAACUGACUCCUCUCCGACAGCCCUGCUGCGGUUCCUCCCUGCUCAUGCCACACCUCCUGCCACCGACAACACAGCCGGCUCUGCACACCCACCUGCUGCUGCUGCUGCUUCUGCUGCAGCGGCUGACUGUCGGUUGGCGCUGGCAACGCAGGGCCGGCUGCUGCCUCUGCGUGUCAGGCAGCUUGCCUCUCAUGUCAUGAUCGAGUACCGGAGAAGGGAGCUGAGGCGGUGGGAUGAGGGAAGUGAUGGAGAGGGGUGGGUACGAGGAUGGGAGGAGGAGAGGGCAGGAGUGAAGGAGGCUUGCUGGCGGGUGCACAUUCGGCUGUCGGAGGACGCAGUAGCCAAGACAUUCGCUUGCCUGCCAGCGUCUCGCUUACCCGAUCCUCCCGCCGCCAUCCAUCAAGCUGUGAAGGCAGCCGUCCAAUCACAUCUUGACACGUGGCACAUGGAGAGGACGGGGAAGGCGUGUGGGGCAGGCGACCUGGUGCAUCUGAUGCACGUGGACAUCAAGUCCCGCUGUCUGCUCCCAUCCAGCCGUGACCCCACCACUGGCUCCUGCCAGGGCGCCUGUGCCUGUGUGCAUGUGGAGCUCGCUCGACCUGCCCUCAGAGGCCUGGCUCGUAGGGGUAGAGGGCGGGAGGGGAGGGGUGCUGGGCGGGAGGAGGAGGAGGCAGAGGCAGGAGAGGAUGAGGGCAGGUGGGGGGCGCUGUUUGAUUUGGAGGCGCUGAGGGAAGUGGUUGUGCCGAGUGUGCUCAACACACUGGUGGCAGGCAGCACGGCUAUCCACGCAGCCCAUAAUCAAUGGCAGGAUGGGGACGACAGCAACAGCAGCCGCAGUGAUAACAAGAGCAACAGCAGCACUAGCGACAUUGGACAUCUUACCCUCGCAGUCUCCCUCUCCUCCCAGCGGGCCGUGUGGCCGGGCAUCGCUGCUGCCUGUGCGGCUGCUGAUUGUAGUGACAGCAUCGACUGGGCCAAGAGCCGCCCGGAGGGACUGCAGCAGGUGGCAGAGUCGCUUGGCAUCGAAGCUGCUCGCUCCGUGCUGUUUGAUCGUUUGUGUGAGCUGAUGAGGGAAGCAGGGGCGAAGGUGCCUCUGCGUCAUCUUGCGUUGGUAACGGACUGGAUGACCGUCACAGGGGCCCUCCAGGGCGUGUCCUUUGCUGCCCUCGCUUCCCACCCCGCCUCCUCGCCCUUCCUCCGGGCGUGUGUCAAGGACCCAGUCCGCACGUUCACAUCAGCAGCCAUCCAGCACGCGUCUGACAGCCUGGCGAGCGUCGUUGCCAGCGUGGCGGCCGGCAAGCCCAUGCCAGCUGGCACCGCCGCCCCGUGCUUCGAUCUGAUCCUCCACGACCCACUUCCCCCUCCUCCUCCUGGUCCUGUUCCUGCUGCCACAGCUGCGGCUAAAGCUGGUGCUGCCGACGCUGCAGCUGCUGGUGCUGGUGGGUGGGGUGGUGGGGGUGUUAGUGGUUGGGGGGGUGGUGGUGAUGCUGCUGCUGUUGCUGGUGAUGGGGGAUGGGGCAGUGGAGGAGGAGGGGAUGGGGGAUGGGGGGGAGGAGGUGGAGAUGGUGGUGGGUGGGGAGGAAGCAGAGGUGGAGGAGAGGGGGGAUGGGGCACGGGAGGGGAUGGAGGGGGUGGUGGUGGUUGGGGGGCGAGCGGAGAGAAAGAGGGGGGAUGGGGCACUGGGGGAGGGGAAGGGGAUGGUGGUGCUUGGGGGGUGAGUGGAGAGAAAGAGGGGGGAGGAUGGGGCACAGGAGGAGGAGGGGGAGAUGGUGGUGGGUGGGGAGGAAGUGGAGAUAAAGAGGGGGGAGGAUGGGGCAUGGCAGGAGGUGGAGGGGAUGGGGAUGCGGGAGGGGGAGGUGGGUGGGGAGGAAGGGGAGGGGAGGAGGGUAAAUGGGGAGGUGGAGGGGAUGGGGAUGCGGGAGGGGGAGGUGGGUGGGGAGGUAGGGGAGGGGAGGAGGGUAAAUGGGGAGGUGGAGGGACGAAAGAGGGUAAAGAGGGAGGGGGCUGGGGGGGUGCAGAUGAGGAGAAAGGGGGAUGGGGGGGAGAGAUGGGGAAGGAGGGAGGUGCAUGGGGGGGAGAGAAGGAGGUGGAGGGUGCUGCUUGGGGAAGAAAGGCAGGAGAGGAGGAAUCAGGGAAAGACGGAUGGGGCGCGGUUAAGGGAACUGGGGAGGGCAAGGAAGGUGGGGGAUGGGACGCAGUGGGAGGGAGUGUGCGAGAGCAAGACAGUGAGAGAGGAGGGGAGGGAGGAUGGGAGGGGGGAGGGCGUGAGAGGUGGCAGGGUGGGCGGGGGAGGGGAAGGGGACGGGGCCGAGGGGGGAGGUGGGGGGGAGAGGGGGAUGGGGAAGGUGGUAAAGCUUGGGGACGGGGAGAAGGGGGUAGAGGCGGAGGAAGAAGAGGGGGAGGUUAUGGAGGAGGGGGGAGCAGGAGAGGAGGAGGAGCUUGGGGGGAUGACAGCACGGAAAAUGAGGGCAGGCAUGCUCACGGAUGGGGGCAGGGAGGGCGGCAGGGAGAGGGGUGGGAGGCAGCAGGAGUGGAAGGAAGGGAAGAGGAAGGUGGGUGGGAGGAGGAGGAAAGGUGGGAGGGAGAGGAGGAGGCGCUGCAUGAGGCUGCGCUGGCAGAGCUGCUGUGCAUGGGGGGGGGUGGCGGGCAGGGGGGCAGGGGGAAGGGGCGGCGGCGGUUCAGGUUGGGACGGUGGGGCACGGUUGAGCCCCUGUGGGGUGGAGGCAGAGUGCGAGGACGGGAGGGGGGUGAGAAGGGGGAAUGGGCUUCAUGGAAUGCAGUUGCUGACGGUGCUGGUGCUGCUGCUGCUGCUGGUGGGGGGGGGGAGAGAAGCGGAUGGGGGAGUAAUGACAAUGGCGGUGGUGGGUGGGGGAGAGAGGAGAAGGGGAAAGGAGAGGAGACAGCAGGGGAGGCGGCAGGGGCAGGGUGGGGAGGUGCGGGGGAAGGAGAGGGAACCUGGGGCAUCGGGGGAGCUGGGGAGGACGCAGGCGCAGGAGGGGAUGGUAAGGGGGAAGAGGGCGCAAGGAAGGGGUGGGGAAAUGCGGAGGGGGGAGUUGGAGGGUGGGGCAGCGAUCAGGGGAAAAAGGGUGGGUGGGGGGCAGGCGGAGAAGGGGAGAGUGUGGUUGGAUGGGGGAAAGGAGGAGUAGAAGAGGGUGAGGGAGGAGUUGGAGGGUGGGGCAGUGAUCAGGGGCAGAAGGGAGGGUGGGGGGCGGGAGGAGAAGGGGAGAGUGCUGCAGGAUGGGGGAAAGCAGGAGGAGUAACGGAUGAGAGUGGAGGAGGAUGGGGCAAUGCAGGAGGAGGAGGAAUGGGAGAGGGUGGGGGAGCAUGGGGGAACGCAGGGCACAAAAAGAGCGAGCACCCGACAACCAUGCUGCCGGGUCUGCACCCCUCCUCUCUGCCUGUCUUCCUUGACCGAUGCGGACAGAAAGCAGAGCAGAGGGCAGAAGGGGCAGAAGCGGCAGAAGGGAAGGCAGAUAGGGCAGAAGAGAGGGGAGAAGUAGGGGCAGUAGAGAAGGGAGAAGAAAGGGCAGAAGAGAAGGCGGAAGAAGGGGCAGAAGAGAGGGCAGAAGGGGCCGAUAGGAGGGCAGAGGCGGGAGAAGCGAGGGCAGAGGAGGGACAAGAGGUGGCAGCGGAAGGGGUGAGCCUGCGACGAGUGCUGGCAGAGCAGCUGAAGCAGUGGAGGGAGCGGAAGGAAGAGGAGACAGGCACGGAAGGGCGCUCUGAUGCUUCUGCUGAUGCUGUUGCUGUUGCUGAUGCUGAAACCCCUGCUGCUGUUCUUGCUGCUGAUGUUGCGCGCGAUGCUGAUAACCCCAACACUGCUGCAGCUCCUGCUAGUACCCUUUUAUCCGACGCUCAUGCGGAUGCUGACGCCCAUGACGCACCUGGUGUUGCUGUUGCUCCAGAGGCUUGCACUGAAGAGGAGAGGCAGCCAGCUCAGCAUCAAGAGUCUCAUCAGCAGCGGCAGCAGCAGCAGCAGCAGCAGCAGCGGCAGCAGCAGCAGCAGCAGCAGCAGCAGCGGCAGCAGCAAGGCAGGAGAAGCAGAGUCCGGGUGUACAUGGGGGACGAGGACGAUGGGAGGUAUGAUGCAAUGGACAUGCUCCAGGCAGUGAGGCGGCGGGCGUGGGAGCUGCUGCACGUGAGGUACCACCCGGAGCAGGUGCUAUCUGAGGAAGACCGUGACUUCGUUGUGAGCAAGCUGCUGCGGCACCACCCCAGGGCGCUCGAGAAGAUGGCUCUUGGCGUGGCGGCAAUCAAGGUGGACCAUCAUCCAGACCACCCCAACACCACCUGUUUCUUCAUCGUCCACCCUGCUGCCGACAGCAUCACCCACCCUGCUGCCGACACCAUCACCCACCCUGCUGCCGACACCAUCACCCACCCUGCUGCCGACAGCAUCACCCGCCCUGCUGCCGACGGCAUCACCCACCCUACUGCCGACAGCAUCACCCACCCUGCUGCAGACACCAUCACCCACCCUGCUACCAACAGCAUCACCCACCCUGCUGCCGACUCCAUUGUCCAUCCUCCUCCCGCUCCUGACUCAUCCCACGAGCCCACGGGCAACUCUUCUCAGCACUCUCCCAGCAUCGUCCACCCUGCUGCCAACAGCAUCACCCACCCUGCUGCCAACUCCAUCGUCCAUCCUCCUCCCCCUCCUGACUCAUCCCACGAGCCCACGGGCAACUCUUCUCAGCACUCUCCCACCAUCGUCCACCCUGCUGCCAACUCCAUCGUCCAUCCUCCUCCCCCUCCUGACUCAUCCCACGAGCCAGCAGACAACUCUUCUCAGCACUCUCCCAGAUGUUCCCCACAGGUCGCUCCUGCCUCCCCUUCCCAACCGUCCCCCUCCGCACUACCUACCUCCCUUCCCCCUGCUUCCCCUUCCACGCUCCCUGCCUCGCCUCCUCCCGAACCUUCCCAGCCGACCCUCUCUCCCUCUGCGUCCCCUCCCUCUCCCACUCCUCCUCUUCCUCCCUCUCCCACUCCUCCUUUUUUGCCUUCUCCUCCUCCUGCUCCUGCCGUUCCCGCCUCUCCUGCAUGCUCAGAUUUCUCUUACAAAAAGUGUCUGGUGGGUUUGGCAGCGUCCAUGGGUAUUCCUCUGUCUGACCUGGGGUGGGGCCGCAUGGAAGCGCAACAGCAGCGCAGGGCGAGAGAGCGAACCGCAACUGCACCCCGUGACACACCUCUUGAUGCACCUCAUGUCGCACCAUACGAUGCGGCUCGUGGCGCACCUGGUGACACACCUCGUGACACGUCUUGUGACGAACCUGGUGACACUUCUCUUGGUGCACCUUUUGACACUCCCAUUGACACACAUGUGGACGCACCUCGUGAUGGACCUGGUGAGACACCUUGUGACGCAUCUCAAGGCACACCUGGUGACACCCCCCACCAUGCGUUUAGCCAAAGUGACUGA